CGAUGAAUCAUUAUUGAAACAGCUAGUGAGCAGUCAUACUGGCAUGCUAGAGGAGCAUAGUCAUGGUAUCGACUCCCACGAGAACUUUGGGAUCUCCAGAUCCUCUAGCUUUGGACGAACCCUCUUCAAAUGCCUCAGGGUCAGGUCAAAGUCCAGCAAAAGGUAGAAGAUCCACCCCUCGCUCUCAGAUUGUGGUGGAAAUUGAGACCUCUCGAAGGAAGCGACGUGCCAUAGGAAGUAGCUCGAAGAUGGCCGACAUGUCACCAAAUUCUGCUCUUGGUUCCACGUCAAAGCCCACCCCAGCUCGUACACCUCUUGCCAAAGGGAGCGGAGCUUCAAACCGCGGCACUUCAACUCCACGGCAUAAGAACACCCCUACAGGGAAGACUCCCCUCAGAGGCAAUAGCGCUGCAUCUCCAGCGGCUACCAAGACGCCCCGAAAUGGAGCGAAGGCAAGCUCAACACUCGCCUCGAGCGUCAAGAAAGCGCUUCCUACGCCUGUUCGAUCCAGGAAAGAGGAGAAAGCACCCAUACGGUUAGCGGACGACAAUCCGUUUCUAGAGAGCGAUGCUGGCACUGGAGUGUCUCGAGAGACUUUUCUUGCCAAUGAAGCACUGAGACGCCAGAAAGAAGCCAGAAACUUUGAAUAUGAGGGCGAUGCGGAUGCUCCAAAAUUGACACGCAGUGGGAAGGUAGUUGGAGGAGCAAAGCGAGGCGUUGAGAUUGAUGAAUACGGAGGUAUGGAGGAGGAAGAGGACGACGCAGACGAGGACGAGGAUACGCGCGGGAAGCCGAAGUCGACAGAGUCUGACAUGCUGGAUAAUGGCUUGGAGGCCAGAGCUCUUGACAAUCAUAUGGAAGUGGAUGAACGUCCAGUGGGCACGGCACAACCUGCCGGUCUACCACCAGGAGCCAGGCCUCACGUCCUUCGAAUCUUGUCAACCUUGACCUCACAAGGCAUCGCCUCUGACCCUCCGCCGUUCAUGGACGAAGAUACGAAUGAGGCCCUUCACGGUCUGGUCAAUCUACUGAAAGCCACGGUGGAACGCGGUGAAGGCAAUAGUGCACUCGUAGUCGGCCCUCGUGGCGUCGGCAAGACGAGGACCCUUGGUCGAGCUUUGAACUUGCUGCCGUCAACCUCCACGUCCUUGCCGAUCGUCGUCCGACUGUCUGGACACGCACAGACCAGUGAUCGCUUAGCUAUCAGGGAGAUUGGGCGGCAGAUCGCAGAAGCAGAGGGUAUCAGCAUCGCAAACCACGAUGACGAUGAAGCUGUCGAUGGCGCAGACGAUCAGGAAUACGCCCCAACCACACUGCCAUCCCACUUGCUGGCACUAUUGACUGCUCCCUCCCCACGAGCCAUCAUCAUCGUCAUCGAGGAAUUUGACAUGUUCACAGAGCAUGCUCGACAGGCUCUACUUUACUGCUUGCUCGACGUGGUUCAGAGCAUCAAGACAGGGGAUGUCAAGACGACGGGCAGAGGCGUAGCGGUGAUAGGCGUGACGUGCCGAGUGGAUACACUCUUGCUUCUCGAGAAGCGGGUCAAGUCUCGGUUCUCUCAUCGGAUGUGGCGAAUCCCUUCUCCCCUUUCUCCCGGCGGACCAGGCUGGAAAACGCUCUUGAAUCGUGCUCUUGUCCCGUGGGAAUGGGAUGCCAAACAAGAUUCCGCGGAACCAGACGCAAAAGCUCUACAGCUGUGGAAGGAUGACUGGCAGUACGGUAUAGAGACGCUACUUGAUCAACCCAAAGUCGUCAAGUAUCUGGACCGAUUGACAGGUUUGACGACAGACGUCAGGAUACUCUACAAGCCAUUUGUCCCUUUGAUAAUUUCUGUCCUGUCCUCUCAAGUGGAUCUCAUCAACGUCGCUCAGCUUUGUGCUUCUGUUCUUGGGCAGAUUGAACAAUCAGGCUGGGGUUUACAGACCGCCAAACUCAAAGGCCUCUCUCAACCCUCAGUCGGCAUCUUGAUCAUCAGCAAGCACCUGCACUAUGCUGGAAGAGACGAGUUCAAUUUCGCUCAAGUUGAAGAAGAGUAUCUGAGGUUUUCUAGGACAAAGCUGGUCGGAAGCGGGAAGACUCGCUGGCCAAUAGGAGUGUUGAGAAAUGGCUACGAGCAUCUAUUGCGAUUGGGAUUACUCGCUCCUGCUGGUAGCACGUCUGUCCAGAGGCGUUUUGCAAAGGUUCGAUGUACCCUCUCAGCUCACGAGAUCGUUGCGUGGAUGCGAGGAGAGGGGGCUUCGGGUCUAGGCCCUGAGCUUGUCAGCUGGGGACGGAUGUUGGGUGGGCAUGCUUGAGUGUGUCGAGUAGGUAAA